CUCACAACGUCGUCGUUUCGCGCUCUCAUUUUUCUCGUCAACCGAAACUUCAGAAUUUUACCUCCGCCGCAGAGGGCAGUGGUCGUCUCUCUGCUCCUUAAACCCCCAAAUGGGUUUUCUCAGAAGAGCUUCCAGAACCCUAAAACCCUCCAAGUACUCGUCUUUUCUGCAGAACAGCUCGCUCUCCAGAAUUUACAGAAGCAACCCACUUCGAAACGACUUCGAUUACUGCCGUUUCGGUCUGAGCCAUGGAUUUUGCUCCCACUCUCGCCAAAACAGCAAAGAGAACGGCGUGGAUUUGAGCCAGUAUCCGACGGAGAGGAUUCGGAACUUCUCGAUAAUCGCGCAUGUAGAUCACGGCAAGUCUACUCUCGCCGACAGGCUUUUGGAGCUCACCGGGACUAUCAAGAGAGGCCAUGGCCAGCCCCAGUACCUCGACAAAUUGCAGGUGGAGAGAGAAAGGGGAAUUACUGUUAAGGCACAGACAGCUACCAUGUUCUACAACUACAAGCAGAGUCUUAACGGUGCGAACGACAACAAUGGAGACCAAAAAGAACAGUGCUUUUUGUUGAAUCUGAUUGACACGCCUGGUCAUGUGGAUUUUAGCUAUGAAGUAUCAAGAUCUCUAGCUGCUUGCCAGGGUGCCCUUUUGGUUGUUGAUGCUGCACAGGGUGUUCAAGCACAAACUGUUGCAAACUUCUAUCUUGCCUAUGAAUCUAACCUGGCAAUAAUACCUGUUAUUAACAAGAUUGACCAGCCAACUGCUGAUCCUGAUCGUGUUAAAGCUCAACUAAAAUCAAUGUUUGAUCUUGACGCCAGUGAUGCUCUUUUAACAUCAGCCAAAACAGGCCAGGGUCUUGAGCAAGUCCUUCCUGCAGUCAUAGAACGCAUUCCACCGCCUCCUGGGAAGAGUGGUUCACCUUUACGUAUGCUUUUACUGGAUUCAUACUACGAUGAAUAUAAAGGAGUUAUAUGCCAUGUUGCAGUUGUUGAUGGCAUGCUGCGCAAGGGGGACAAAAUUUUAUCUGUCGCAACUGGCCAAGGUUAUGAAAUUUUGGAUGUCGGGUUCAUGCAUCCUGAGCUAACUCCUACAGGAGUUCUUCAUACUGGACAAGUGGGGUAUGUAGUUACUGGCAUGCGCUCGACCAAAGAGGCACGAAUUGGAGACACACUAUAUCAUAAUCGAACCAUUGUUGAGCCCCUUCCAGGGUUCAAGGCUGCAAAACAUAUGGUAUUCUCUGGUGUUUACCCUGCUGAUGGAUCUGAUUUUGAAGCACUCAACCAUGCAAUUGAGAGACUGACCUGCAAUGAUGCCAGUGUGGCUGUUGUCAAGGAGAGUAGCACAGCACUAGGUAUGGGUUUUAGGUGUGGUUUCUUAGGAUUACUCCACAUGGAUGUUUUUCACCAGCGUCUUGAACAGGAGCAUGGAGCUCAUGUUAUUGCUACCAUUCCAACUGUUCCUUAUAUUUUUGAGUAUUCUGAUGGAAGCAAACUAGAAGUUCAGAAUCCUGCCACAUUGCCCUCAAACCCCAAGCAACGAGUAACAGCUUGUUGGGAACCUACAGUUCUAGCUACCAUCAUUAUUCCUAGUGAGUAUGUGGGGCCUGUCAUCACCCUUUGCUCUGAGCGGAGAGGUGAGCAGUUGGAGUAUUCGUUCAUAGACAGUCUACGAGUCUUUAUGAAAUAUCGCUUGCCUCUAAGGGAAAUUGUUGUCGACUUUUACAAUGAAUUGAAGAGUAUUACAUCAGGAUAUGCAUCAUUUGAUUACGAGGAUGCAGAGUACCAACAAUCUGAUAUGAUCAAACUUGAUAUCCUUUUGAAUGGACAACCGGUUGAUGCAAUGGCAACAAUUGUUCAUAACUUGAAGGCACAACGCGUUGGUCGAGAAUUGGUGGAGAAGCUGAAGAAACACAUAGACAGGCAAAUGUUUGAGAUAACAGUACAAGCUGCAAUUGGCUCGAAGAUUAUUGCAAGAGAGACGAUUUCUGCUAUGAGGAAAAAUGUUCUUGCCAAGUGUUAUGGUGGAGAUGUUAGUCGAAAGAAGAAGCUGUUAGAAAAGCAAAAGGAAGGGAAGAAACGAAUGAAGCGUGUUGGUUCUGUUGAUAUACCUCAGGAGGCAUUUCAUGAUCUGCUUAAGAGUUCAUAGAAAGAAGUCCAAAAUAAUAACGUAUGUCUGUAACUGCCUAAUUGUGACACUUCGACAGCUCAGUGGCUAAUCCGCCCCUUGUUGUUUUGGCUGUCAGAAGAACGAUUGUUUUGCUAACCUCGACAGUGAAGAAAUAACUAAGGAAGAUGGCCGUCUCAAGGGGGACGUCUCAUGAUUUACGGAAGGUUCAAGGUAGAGAAAAUGUCACUUGUGCAAUCGUUUUGUCCUCCUAACGGAUCACGCAGAAUGGAGUUGUAAUACAUUAAUGUUAUAGAUGCUGAUCAAAUAACAAUGACUUUGUGGUUAUUUGGUGGGAGUUGAAAGCUUAUAUUGAAAAAGAACCCUCUCGGAAUGGAAAUUUCUGAAUUUUUGGAGUUCAA